AGGGAGAGUUAGUUACAGGCUUAAGGCUGCAGUUCUCUGCGAACUUAUUAGAAAUAAUGCCUGCUGAACUCCAUUGAUCUUCCUUCUGAGUAUACAGAAAAUCUGAAAGAUGACUGUUACAACAUGGAGAAAAAAUCGUGUGAUACGAAAACUGAUCUUACGCAAAAGCUGAUCCCUCCCGUCUUGUAUCUGAUUUUGGCUGUGCUGCUUGUGAACUUGCUGCUCUAUCAAUAUUUCAACUACGUAUAUCCUUCCUAUGGACAGGCCGACGUUGAACACGACUCUUGUCAACACGGUUACUUCAGAUUAGGAACAGUGAAGAACUGCUCACCAUGGUUGUCGUGUGAAACACUGAAAAGAGAAGUCCGCAAACUGAAACGCAUUGGUGAAGGAGCUGUGAAAAGGGUCUUCCUUUCUGAGUGGAAGGAAAACAAAGUGGCCCUUUCCCAGCUAACUGUGCCGGAACUUCAAGAGGACUUCAUUCAUGGCUUACAGAUGCUGAAAUCUCUACAAAGCAGACAUGUGGUCAAGCUGGUUGGAUAUUGUGAGGAGGAGUUCACCGUUCUUACGGAGUACCACCCGUUCGGCUCUCUGAAGAAUCUGAACGAGAUCUUGAACCUUCCAAAGUACAAGAGCUUCAACACAUGGCACAUCAGGCUCCUGCUUGCCAUCGAUUACGUGAGCAUCCUCCAUUACUUGCACAACAGUCCCCUGGGCACCCUUGUGAUGUGUGACUCCAGCGACUUGGAUAAAGUUCUUUCUCAGUACUUGCUGACCAGCAGCUUCCAUGUUAUUGUGAAUGACUUGGAUGCUUUGCCUCUUGUAGACAAGAAUGCUGGCAGACUGAUCAAAUGUGGCCAUCGGGAGCUUCAGGGUGACUUUGUCGCUCCAGAACAGCUUUGGCCUCGGGGAAAUGAAAUGGCCUUUGAAGACAGCCUCAUGCCUCCUUAUGAUGAAAUGACAGAUAUAUGGAAAAUCCCCGAUGUUUCCAAUUUUAUCUUGGGGGAUGUCGAUGGGAGUGAUCUGGUCAGGUUCCACCUCUUUGACAUCCACGGGGCCUGCAAAAGGAGCCCAGCUGAAAGACCUUCUGCUCAGACUGUUUUGGACACAUACAAGAAAGUGCUAGAGUCGCUUGUGAGAGAAACAGUUAUGCCAAGGACAAGGGACAUGUUAUAAAACACACACAC